AUGUUGGAAGAUAUUUAUGUCAAUCUCGCUGGAAUCCAAGUAGAAAUCAGCAAUACUACAAAGCUACAUAGAGAUGCUGACAAAAUUAAUAAUUGGCACAGGGAACUUGAAACCAUAAAAUCAGACAUUUAUUAUACUGAAGAUGAAUUAAGUAAUUUAGGAUCAACAAGAACUGAGAGAUAUUGCCAAUCUUACGCAAAUGAAAGAAGCGAGACUAAAAGAAUUGAACACACGUUCAAAAAAGUUGGCCGUUUGAAAUUAGAGUUGCAAUCUAAGAAGAGUGAUAAAGAAAAUUACAACCGUUUGCAAAAAGAAAUUACUUCAUUGAAUGAAGAAACUAAAAAGUAUGAAGACAAUGUUAAAAUGUUUGAUGCUCAAAUAUUGGAAUUAACACCAAACCUUCGAGAGACUGAAAUUGAAAUAAAUGAAUUCAGGCAAAAGAAAACUGAGGCUGAGAUGGCAGCCAUUAAUGAUUUAACUGAGGCUCAAAAACAAUCUGAACGAUUCUUUAGAUUAGAUCGUGAAAAUCUGCAAGGUUCAUCAAAUUACAAGAUUCGAUUGGACGAACUACAAAAAGUUCAAGAGACAGUGCUAUCUGAUUCUGCAAGGUAUACUGGAGAGCUUAAACAAUUAGAAGAGGCUGUCCGAAGAGGACAAAAUGAACUAAACACGGAAUAUAAAGACAUUAACGAUAGAUACGCUGAUCAGUUUAUCGUAGUUAAAUGCUUGAAUCCAUCGCCUAUAAAGUAUUCAAUAUUCAAUCUUACUGGCCAAUAUGACAUGGAUGAUCUACGGGCUGUUCAUGACGUGUGGGACGAAAGAGUGAAAGCAAAAACGACAUUUUGGAACACCAGGUCGCCAUUUUUGAAGGGCAAAGUUGGCAGAGGAGGUUUUGACUCAGCAAGCACGGCUGGCUGA